AAGAUUUCAUAGCUAAAGUAAAGGUGUAAACAUGAUUAAGUACAAGAAACUAAUGCCACGAUCAUGGAAAUUUUAAACGUGUAUGUUCUUGUUGUCAUUUUGCGUGGUUUGUUUGUUCACACUUUUAAUGUAACGGUAAAUAGAAAAGGUAAAGAUCUUCUUUUGGUUAAUCAAUCCACUUGCGCAACUUUUAAAGCUUUAUGGGAGAAUGAAAGAUGUCUCUGUCCUAGAAGUAAAAAAACGUUUCACUUAGUGAAUGGUAAAUACGGAUGCUUUAAAAAGAACCAAAUUGUGACCAAUUGUAACACUGUAAAUGAAGUAAAGUUGUUAUCAAAGAAUAGUGAAACUGAUAAUUUUUGGAAAUCAGAGGCUGUAGUUGCCAAGAGUUUGGUUGGAGAAGGAGCAAAGUCACACAAUAAAUGCGGAAAUGCUGCUAUAUGGAUAGACAAUUUGGAAUCAAAAAGUUUGAAUGUUGAUGUUCAGUAUGAGAGAAAUGGCCGUAAUAUUAUAUUCUAUAUUUACCAGAUCAUACACAACGACAAAAUAUAUGAUAGUCGUUUUAACGAUAUCGAAGGAUCGCUUAUAAAAUUAGUCUCGUCGUGUAUUCAAGUUAAUGACACUUGCGUGUUGCUAAAAGCUAAAGGAGAGCACACUUACCGUAUUCCAACAAAGACAUCACAGCAGACAUCGACAACAACCACAUCAACAACAACUUCAUCAACAACAACGACAUCAACAACAACGUCAUCAGCAACAACGACGUCAACAACAACGUCAUCACCAACAACGUCGUCAACAACAACCACAUCAACAACAACGUCAUCAACAACAACGUCAUCAACAACAACGUCAUCAGCAACAACGUCGUCAACAACAACCACAUCAACAACAACGUCAUCAACAACAACUUCAUCAACAACAACGUCAUCAGCAACAGCGACAUCAACAACAACGUCGUCAACAACAGCCUCAUCAACAACAACCUCAUACAAAACUGCACCACCAAAGCCUAAAACACCGUCAAUAGCAACAACCAUAGAUAAGAAAUCAAUAACAACAUUGCUUACAGCAUUAACAAAUACUUUAGAAACAAACGAUUCAUCUAAAACAGAAACACAUAUAAUCAUUGGUGUUGUUUGUAGUGUAGUAAUUAUUCUGAUAGUGAUAAUAACUUUUAUCAUUAGGGGAGGACUUUGUUGUAAUAAAAAGUAUUAUAUAUUAACCCUAUUUGGUAUGGGCUUUUUUGACCCUUGUUAGUAUAGGGGGGGCAUAAAGUGCCCACGGGCUGUAACUUUUGUUCUGUUAGGAUUUAAGUGACGAAACUUGGCACAAAGAAGCAUUAAUAUGUUGUGACUUAAUUAGUGACAAAAUGUUUGGGUAGAAAAUGGAAAU